AUGUCUAGCGUCGUUACUGGAGGCAUCAGCCCUAGCGUCGACCACUGCAUCAGCGCUGAAUCGGAGCUGCAUGUCUCCUGGAGUGAUGGACUUCAGAGCCAAUAUCCCUGGAGCUGGUUGGAGCAGCAGAUGCAGCCUACAACCGUGGAGAGGUUCUUAUGGAGAAAAGGCUUGAGCCAGUUUCUCCCUGAGAUUCCGUACACGUCCCUGAACUCACGGAUGGGCAAGCUGCAACUCUGCAGUUAUCUUGAAAGAUACGGACUGGGUAUCAUCCGAGGAGUAGACGUCGAGACGGGGAUGGUUGCCGAAGUGGGGAACCAGAUCGGCAAUGUGCGUGUGACAAAUUACGGGUCCAUCUUCGAUGUGCAGGACAAGGGUGCUGAGGCUACAAACCUCGCAUUUACCAGCCAGAGGAUCCGUGCACACACGGACAACCCAUACAGAGACCCCUUUCCAGGUGUGCAGAUGUUGCAUUGCCUAGAGAGUGCUGAAGAAGGUGGAGCCACCAUGUUCAUCGAUGGUUUUCGGGUGGCUGAAGAGCUUCGAAUCCAAGAUCCUGAGGCUUUUCGCAUGCUUGCAGCGACUUCGCACCCCUUUGAGUAUCGGGAUCCGGACGAGGGAGUGCUGCUGCGCGCGACUGCACCCGUGAUCCAGCUCGACCAGGCCAAUGCCGUCCAGCGCAUCACCUUCAACAACCGAUCAGCAGCGGCUUUGCCUGCAUCUUUCCCGCACCUGGAGGAGUACUACAGGGCAUGGGCAGCGUUUGACUUUCUGGCCAAUUCGGAUGACUACGCUGUGAAGCUUUUGAUGAGGCCAGGGGACUUGGCCAUUUGGCUGAAUGGUCGCGUCAUGCAUGGCCGUGAGAGUUACCGCGCUGGUGGCCGGCGGCACAUUCAGGGUGCAUAUCUGGAUCAGGAUGAGAUCCAUUCCAGCGUCAUGGCGGCCUUGGCUGAAGGUGUCGACAUUAGUUCUUUUGACGUCCACAAGCAAGCAGCGAAUAUUUGCAUGGACGUGCUGAGCUCCCUCCCGAGGACAGCCGAGGAGGAUCCGUUUCGUGAGGCCUUGAAGCUUGCAACUGCAGCCCGCAGGUCAGGGGCACAAUCCGAUAUUAUUUUGGCGUGUCUGAUGCAUGCUGCAUCCCGGCCACAUACUUUGGAGAUUUGGACCCAGGUCGCUCGGGCCAACUUCAGACAGCUCCUGGAUGUUGGAGAAACGAUCUCGCCCUUGGCAAGGAUGGGCUUUGCCACUGAGGUCGUGGCAUUCGCCCAGAAAGUUGAAGACGGUUGGCGCUUCGAUGGCCUGUCACGGGAAGAGCAAACGAAUUUCCUGGCCAUUCCUGAAGCCGAAACGUUGCUCCAGUGCAUCCGCGCAUGCCGCGACGGCAUGGCAUCUUCGACGCCUGACUCUUUCCAUGGUCUUCUCAACGAGCAUUUCCAGCAGCAGUCAAAGUGA